AUGGCUACAGGGUAUGAUUUAUUCAAACUUUCGUCAUACUAUAAUAUUCCUACCUCAGAGCUUCUGUCCUUGAAUGAAAAUAUUUUGGAACAAUUGAAAUCAAAAGUGGACGGAGACAAGAUUGUUCUGCGACAUGAUGAGAAUGCAGAUAAUGAUUCUACCGAUUUGCAGACAUUACAUGAACAAUUGAAUAAUAUAACUCUUAAGUAUAAUAGAGUUACAAAUGAGAAGACACAAUUGGCCGACAAAAUAUCUGAAUUGGAAGUUAAGUUAGAACAAGAGAAGUGUAACAACCUGCAUACAAAGUUGGAGUUGGAAAAAAUGUCAAUUACUUAUAAUAGUUUGGAAUCAAAAAAUAGAGAAUUGGAAAGUGAUCUAUCGGCUAUGAAUGAUAAUGAAAACACAUUGCAUGAUGAGGAACAAUAUAAAAACCAGUGUUUGAACAGAGAAGUAAUUAAUUUGAAAAAUGAUAUAUUAAUUUUAGAAACUAAGUAUGACAAAUUAUUGAAAGGAUACAAUGAUACAAAAGAUAAUUUAAAAGAGAAAAUAUCUGAAUUAUUAGCUUUGGAUACUUCUUUUAAAUCCGAGACAAAAUUAAAGGAUGAGAUAAUAGAGGAAAAAGAUUAUCUAAUAGCGAAUCUAACUAAUGAAAUUGAAUCUUUGAAAAAUAGGGAAAUAAAUGAACAUUCUAGUGAUAUUAACAUAGAAUAUGGUAAAAAUAGUUCAAUAAUAGUCGAUAAACAGGAAUAUCAGAGGUUACUAAAUGAGGCAUUAAUUAAUAACGAGAAAAUUGACGAGUACGAUUUGAAGGUAGCAAGAUUAACAGCUACGGUUAAUGAAUUUCAAUCAAAAACUGGAAUCAACUUUGUAUCCACAGACGACUUUUGUGAUUUUAUUAUCUUAAAAAAAGAAAUACAAAAAUUAGAAGGACAGAGAGACUUAUUGCAAGAAAAAUUGGAAUAUUUAAUUCAUGAAUUAGAGAAUCAUGCUCCAGAACUAAAUAAUCAAUACGAUAAAAUCAACGAAUUGGAACUGUUGCUUUCGAAAGAAAAAAAUACCUCUGAACAUUUCAAAACAACUAUUAAAGAAAUAGAAAAUGAGAAGAAAAAUAUUAUUAGUAGACUAAAACUUUCUGAUGAUAAAAUAGAAACAUUAAGAGAAGAAAAUAAUGAUUUAACCAACCAAAUACAAUUCAUGUUAAUAAGCAAUAGUAUUCAGAAUGACAAAUACGGAGAAUUGACUGAGAAUGAGAUAAAAUUCAUAAAAGCCUUGAGAGAAAAGGGCACUGAAACUAGCUUUAACGAGUUGUAUAAUUCACAAGAUAUUAUAUCUGAUAGAUUAAUACGGUUUGAAAGUGUGAUUUCUUUACAGCAAAAAAAUAUGGAAUUGAUAAAAACUCUUCGUUUGAUUACAAAAAAAUUAGAUAACCAAGAACAUGAAUUAAGAGCCAAAUGGGAAGCAGAGAAUGAUGAUGUACUAAAUGAGGCCAAGGAAGAAAUAUUAAAAGUUGUAUCGGAGAGUGAUAAAUUAAAGGAAAAAAUAAGUGAAUUACAACAACAACUGAAUGCCAAUCGUCCAGUUUCUCAUGAAAAAAAUGGACAUGAGUCAGUACUGGCUGAAAAUAAAUUGUAUACUGAAGGUGAUAGACUAAUACUAGAUGAAUUGAAAAAUAACAUUCCUGAAUUCACAAAGCAAGCUUCAAAUAUUAUUUCAAUGAACUUUGAUCAGUUAACAUCAUUAUACAACAAGAAUUUAGAAUUGACUGCUGAUAGAUUAAAGGCAUACCAAUCAAGGGAUAUUACACAAAAAAAAUUAGAUUUACUACAAGAUAAGUAUGAUUAUUUAUCUAUUAGUAAUGAAAAAUUGAAGGAACAUAUGGAAGUCAUCAAAGAUACUAUCAGAAGAAAGGACGAGACAUUAAAUUCAACUAUAGCUAAUCAUGUGGAUUGUAAAGCCUCAUUGCUUUCUGUAACAAACGAUAUGAACUCUUUAAUGACUAAGUAUGAUGAACUAAAAUAUUUAAAAGAUCAACAAAGUAGGAUCACAAAUGAACUAAAAAUGGAAAGAGAACAAUUAAAGAUGGAACUUCUAAACAUUAAAACAGUCCAAAUUCAAUCUGAUUUAGAAAGCGCUGAAUAUAAAGCUAGUGUUGCUUCCAAAAUUAAUGAUUUAGAAAUUACCAAUUCAAAUCUUUCCAAGGACUUAAGAACAAAGGAACAAGAACUUCAAGACUUCAUUAGUACAAAAAAUAGGGAAUUAGAUUGGUAUCAGAAAAAGUUUGAUAUAUUUUCAACAAUGCUGAAAAGAGUAGCAGAAGGCAAUGAUAACAAUGAUGAUAUCCCUGUUAAAACUGAGAAUAUAAAUUCUAGUGAUUCCUUUGUUUUGGAUAACUUUUCUGAGCAAGUAGAAGGUGAUGAUACAAGUUCGAAAGAAAGAAGUCCAUCGUGUAAUAAUAUUUCCGUGUUUAGAGUGAAAGACCCAAUGAAGCCUCUAUCUAAUAACAAUACAGAUAAUGUUACUUCAAGUAAUAUAAAUUUCAAAACUUCUAGUGAUCUAAAUAAUGACUUUGAAUUACUUUUCAAUGAAUAUAAAGUAAUCGAGAAAGAAUUGGAAAAGGCCAAAAAUGAAAUCAUGAGAACUUCUGGUGACGCUCAAGAAUUAGAGAAAUUAUCCGAGUUGUUAUUAUCACGAGACCAAGAACAUUCUUCUUUAAUGAAGUCGAAUAGACAGCUACAGGAAAAAUUAAAUGAUUCAGAGAAACAUAUUGAACAAAUGGAUAUGGAAAUCAAAAAAUUGAAUGACUCAAUAUUAGAAUACCAGAAGAAUACUCUAAAUAUUACGUCAGAAAUAACUUUAUUACGCAAUCGUUGUAAAGAACUUGAAAACAAACUUAAAGAAGCAUCUCUCCAAAGUGAUUUUAAGGAAAAGUAUGAGAUGAAGUCAAAAGAAAAUGAUGAAAAUAUAGAUAGAUUCAAUAGGCUUAAAAAACAAGCCAAUGCAAGAUUGCAUAGUUCAAAGGAAGAACAAAAUGCAUUGAACGAACAAAUUUCUUCAUUGAAAAAAGACUUAGCCGAAGUUCAAUCAAAGCUUGAGGUACAGUCAAAAACUGUACAAGAAUUGGAAACACAGAUAAAAUCUACAGAAGCAGAUUCUAGGUCAAGAUCUACAAGCAUUCCAAAAAGUCAAAAUCAAUCCUUAGAUAAACAGGAUACAAAACUUAUUACUGAUGAAGACUCAAAUGUUAUCCCACAGAGUACACAAGAAGAAGAUAUAAAAAUUAAAGACGUUAAAACCCUUGAUUCAGAGGUUUCUGGCUCUGGUGUUAACUUAAAAAACAAUGCUCCAGAAGAGAAAAUAAUCCCAGUAAUUUCUAAUGAACAUAUAUGUACUAUGGAAAGCCAUACUAUCAAUAACAAUCCAGUUAAGGAAUCUGUAGAUAUGCUGUCAAAUGAAGAAUCACCUAGUAAAAUGGAGAGUGAUACCACGACAACAAAACCCUCAUUUUUACCUAAUCAAAAUUUAACACAGCCCUCAGUGACUUCAUCCUUCACAUUCUCACCUUUAGCGAUGGAAAACCCUUUCACAUCACCUAAUAACGCUAAAACCCCGACUUCUUCAUUUGGUAUGAAACCUGCCUUUUCUUUUGGAUCAAAUCCAUUUACAUCUAAUACUAAUUCCUUAGGUACUAAAAUGUCAACGCCUGAUAGCAAUUCAACUGGUGGUUUGUUUUCUCAAAAAAAUGAUGAAAGUAAAGAUACUGCUUCGCAAGAAUCAUCUGCCAUAGAUACAAACGCUGGCAAACGUAAUUCUGAGUCAGAAGAUAACUCUAGUGAAACUAAGAAAACAAAAUUUUAA